AACCGAGCGUGAAAACCAUAAUACCAACAAAACCCAUUAUUCGUGAUGAUUCGUGAUGAACACAUGAUCAAGGGUGCCGAUGCCCAGGCGUUUCGUCCUUUUGAAUAAAGUUUCUGUAAGAUGUUCGCAAACGAACCCGUGACUACAGCUGGAAUUCAAAUGGAAUGGAAUAACUGAAAAGGAAAUGCACUCGAGCAUGGAAGCGACAAGCAAAACUAAACGCCAGAUAAGGAGAGUUGGCACCGGCUAUUCCAACCCUUUUGAAUGAAGUUUCUGUGGGCAGAUCAGAAAGAAGAUUGGGGAUACAUCUGUAAGUCAAAAUCAAAAAGCAUAAAUAGCUGCGGGAUAGGAUUUUCGCUUCGGGAGAGGAAAAUGAAUUAGACGGCUGAAUCGCGCGACGAAACAAGCACGCUUAUAAACAGAACAUAUAUUUGCUUAUUAAGCUAGAUUUUUGCUGUUUGUCUGCGAAGAAAUUGCAAGUCAAAUUCUGCCGAACUUUUGAUCACCAAAUUGUGAAGAUUUCUUGUUCUUCGAGUUCUUCUAGUGGGCAAUAGUGUACAAUUUGAAAAACCAAUCACAAGAAACGACUACUUGAGCUUUACAACUCAUACAGCAAUGGCCGAAAACGAUCCCAACAUUAUAAUAGACGAGGACCAAUAUGAGGAAAGGGUUAGCAGCUUCUUUCCUUUAUCUCAUUUGUUGAAUCGUUUUUUCUUCAUGGUGGCUCUGUUUGCCAGGUCUGGUUUCGCUACAGUUGGAGAUGAUAUUAUUAAAUGCACUGAGUGUGGGCGACAGCACCAAAUCAACGAAGUUAUUCAGACAGAUUCAAAUAACGUGCAAUGGCACGAACUUCACUGUCCUUUCCUAAUGGCAAGGAAACCUUGCUGGUUCUGCUCGGCAACUUUUUUCAACUGGGCGACUUUCCAGUGUCCAAGAUGCAACAUCAAUGCAAAUUCCGACAAGGCAUUUUCCGAAUCUACUUGCGUCAUCUGCGGAACAAUUGUCAACUUGGAAACCGACAACUACGAACGCUGUGCAAGAUGCUCUGGCAUUAUUUGUGGAGAAUGCGUUGCCACACGAAGGGGCCAUGUUCAUGCCGAUGGCGAGCGGAAGGCGUUUUAAAAAGAGGAUUCAAGCCAUGGAGAAUCGGUGGCGUCGAUGGAAGUCGAUGGAAUGGAGUAUAUCGAAUCCCGAUUUCGCCCCGCUUUGUAUACACUACCAUUGGUGCUAACUGAUUUAAGUACACGGUGCUCCAUUAUGUUUUCAAUAAUUUAACCGUUUUCACUUAUUCUUGCGUUUGACUAUCUCUUUGAUUCCAAAGAUAUGAUCAUAUACGCUAUUCCAAACUACCGAUACCUAAAUUUGGACUAAUCUAUCGCACUUUUUUGGGCCAAUUUUUGAAUAAUGCAAUUAGACAAAAAGCCAAUGUUUUUCAAUAAUCACUGUAACAAUCUUUUUACUUCAUUUUAGAGCUUUUCUUUUAUGUGCGCUAUUUUUUCUUAACAAGGUAUGCCCUCAUCUGCACUUAUCCAAAUUUGGUGUAGCAGAUUUUAUAAAAUAGAGUUGUCGUC